AUGUCCAACAGUCUUUUCAAGAGAAUCAGUCUGCCAAAACGCGUACCAACGCCUAAACUCCCACGAAGACAGUUUCUACACACAUCGACCUCUUGUCGCGCCGCUGUCUCCAUCUCUCCUGCUGAUGUCUGGAACUGGGAAGUCAAGGGCAGCGACCCUAGGGACGCCGUCGUCGCGAGCAAACUUGCAGAUCUCAAACGGAUAUUGACUAUCACUUCUUCCGGUCCAUCCCGUGUAUGGGGAUGCUACGUCGACUUGCUCAACUUUCUCGGAAACGAGAAGUUGCCUUUGGAGGUUCAUCGCUCCGUUCUGCGUAAAUGCACGCCUUCUGCGCGAAAGCUACGCACCACGGCUCUACAGUUCGCUCCGGGGACACGGAGAAUACCAGGAGUUCAUCCCUUCGAAGCUCGCUUUCAGGCGAUCAUUCGAAGUAUUCGUGCAUCGAACCAGGUUCCUGACAUUGAGGAUUACCACUUCGUCUUGGAUCAAUUCGCUGCAGUGGGUCAUCAUCUGGGAGCGAUGAAAGUCCUUGCAGAGAUUACCGAUGUUGGACUUCAGAAGGUCCCGAAAACGUACGGAUUGUGUCUUCAAGCUCUCUGCCAUCGCUUGACACUGCCAUGUCCACAAGAACUACGACAGCACGUCGUCAAGGAAGUGACGCGUCUCUGUGUGGAUAUUCUGAACGAGAUGUCUAUGCACAAUGUGCAUAUUACUUCUGCAAACAUGGACCUGGUGAUUCGAGUAUUCGCGGCGACAGUGGACGAAGAAGGGUUCCGGAAAUUGCUGACGUACGCGUACGGCGUUGAUCCCUCGUUUCCAGACCGACCUCCUCUGGAGUACUGGGACAAGGGCCAAGACACUUCCAUGAACUUACCUGUGGAGGGUGUAAGUUUCCCCCUCCUUAGUCCCCUACCAUUAUCUACCGAGGCCCUCAACGUAGUUUUGGACUUCUACGGUCAGCGAGAGUCGAUCUCAAAAAUGGUGCAGAUGUUCGAAGUUCUCACCACGCCGCUUCCACCACAUAGCCUGACGACAUCGCCGCCAUUCGACGAGGAAGACGAAGACGACUAUGGCAUUUCCAACCCUCGAGUUUCCUCUUACCAACCACCUCACGUACAGCCGAGUACGACCACAUUCCUCUUGCUGCUGAAAUGGGCGUCGAGGGCAGGAUACUCCCAUUUGUCGCGGCACUAUAUGCUCCACGCCAUUCGAUACGAGGAAGACGCAGAUAGGCAGCUGCGCAUGGACUGUGCCCGAAAGCCUCGUUCUGAGCUGGUGCGGCACAGGGUUGGGAUCAAUCGAAGCAUCAUGGUGGCGGUCUUCGGGGUGGCAAAUCGGGAGAAGAACGUACAGUUAAUGCGUCGGGUAUUAGACAAGGCUACCUUGGUGAUCAAGAUGAAGGAGGGCCAUAUCAAGUAUUAUGCAAAGGUUCGAAGGAGAUGGCAAGAUGCCGACCAAGCUGCUGGUAUAGUUAUACAGGGCCAGGACUCGCAAAUUGAUGAGGCAGUCACUGAGCGGUCGGCCGUGCCAGAGCAUGUACAUGCGUCUGAAGAAGGCACUACAGCUACUGCUCGUACUCCAAAACUUGUUUCGUCGAAGCCCAAACCCUUUUCCAAUAGCUUCUUCAUCCCCUCGUCGACCGCUUCGCCAUCGACAGAGGUUCCGCCAAUGCCAUAUUUCGACGUUGACCUUGACGCCCCCGCGCGUCCCUCUUCUCCCACUCAAAAGCCCUUUGACAUCGACACCCACUUGAAAGUCAUACGGAAAGAUCUACAGAUGUUGAACGAUUUCCGGAUCCAUGUAGCAGACGCUAUAGGGCGUAUCACGGAAAGAAUCAAAGAACAGCUGGGCCGCAGGGUAUGGGCGUCCAAGGACAUUUAUUUGCGCGACCAAGGCAGACGUGUUCUCAUUACCAAGGAAGAUUGGCAGCAAAUAGCGGGCUUCCGUAGGGCAAGAGCGAUGUCUCUCGGACGGCUGCGACUAUCCUCGCCGAGUUUGCGGCCAGCUCACAUCCGCCCUGGGUCGCUCGCUGCUAGUCGUGGAUUAAAGACCUCAGCUUUCCAUCCGCAUACAGCCCCUUAUAGUUUGCGGACUUGUGCAUCAUAG